AUGACAUCUAUUUCAGUUUAUAAUUGGAAACACGAUGGUAAAGUUGAUGGUCGGUCCCAGGAGGCGGGGUGCGGCGGGGGCGGCGCGGGGGGCGGCGGGGGCUGCGCGGACUCGUUCUCGCGCUCGGUGUCGCGCUACGCGCUGCGCUUCACGGCCGCGCUGCUCUCCGUGCUCGCCAUCACCGACCAGAUGGUGCGCGACACCAACGCCAACAAACUACUCAACAUCUCCUCCAGAUUGAACUUCAACACGUACUACGCGAAGCAGCUGGAGAAGUUCUGCAGCGACGACAAGAUGCUGGACGGCGACAAGAAGGCCGCCUCCUAGCAUCGGGCCGUGCGCUCGCACAGCAAGCUCAUCACGCCGGUGUAGGCUCGGCUGCAAGGCGACAGAGACUGUUGCGCUUCCUUCGUUACGGACCGCUAACGAUGGGCAUCUUGUCUACGCACCCAGCAGUGUGGAAAAUAGUGAACUUACCUGAUUGAAAUAAAAAGAAUAAAAACUCUAACCACAAGCUGAUAAGUUAUAACAAUAAGCUGUAGACAUGACAAAAUAAUCGUAUUUAUUAAAUUUUAAAAUUUACAAUUAUGAACUAAAUAAUAGUC